AUGGGUGUCUCGCGCGACAACUUUGACGACGAUGAGGUUAAGAAGCUUGUGGGACCCCAAGCAACGAAGAAUCUCAGGUUUCGUUGGACAGGCGUAUGCGAUGGCGAGUCGUUGAGCCCAAUUCUAUACAAGGAAAAGCUUGUGAAGACGUUUGACUCUGUUGGGUUUGUGAAUUUUCUAAACCUUGCUAAGAUGACGAGGCCGAGUUCGAGGAAGAAGAAAAUGGUUGAUGAUGAAGAGAUGAGUGGAGGGAAGAAUAAGGAUAAGGUUGGAAGGAAGGGCUUCUCUAUUGUAGAGGUUGUUGAGGAUGGGUUAAUGGAAGGCUUAUGGCAGUGA